AUAGCGCUUUAGCGUCUUUGGCGCAAGACACUACUCAGACAGACAAACGCUAGUGCUUUCCACGAGCGCGAGAACUUGACUGUUCCUUUUGUGCGAUUUAAGGUGUUUUUAGGAUUUUCCCAGCCAGCGGUAUAUCUUUCAACAAUAAUUCAUUCAAUUUCAACAGUGGCAUGCGUUGCCUUGAAUGAGAGCUAAAUCUGCAUCAUCAGUUCUCAUGUCACACUCUCACAACCAGAAUCAUCAAGAUGCCCCAGCGGUGGAUCCAAGUGUUAAUUUCCUGUACAAAACUAUGUUACAGAGAGAUCCCCACAAGAGGCGUGUUAAGUUAGUACAGAAGCAUCUGGUACAGGUUGAUUUUGGUCUUGAUGACAGCGAGGAUGACAGUGAUUUUGACAUUCACCAACAUUGUGAAUCUGAGAGUGAAGACGAUAUCGAUGAAGAAGAACGAGCUGAAAUGAUGGACUUGGGAGCAGCAGCUGUCAGUGAUUCAAACAACGUUGUCUGCCUAGAUGAUAGUGACAAGUCUGAUGUUGCCAAGAAUGAGGAUCACGAAGAAGCAGGAGAUAUCGAUGAGGAGGAGGAAGAUGAUGAUGAAGAGAAAGAUGAUGAGGACGACGAUGAUGAUGAUGAUGAUGACGAUGAUGAUGACAAUGAAGAUGAUGAUGAUGACGACGAUGACUCUAGUGAAUCAGAAUCAGAGGAUGCUGAUUUUAAUAAUGUAAAAGGAAAAAAAGGUCUGGGAGGCAUCUUCGGUAGUGUGGACAGCUCAGAUGAGGAUGAUGAGGAUUAUGUGCCUCAGAUGAAAAAACAGAAGAAAAAUGAAGCUGAGAAGCAGUCCAAGAGUAAGCCCCCUGAGCCAGCAGCAAAGUCCAAUGAGGAGCCCAACAGUGCUAGUCCUUUGUCUGGACCAACUCAGGGCCAGAUCAAAGUCCUAAUCUGCUGUGUAUGCCUCUCAGACCAAAGUGCUGAUGAUGAUGAGAUCGUUGAAUGCGAUAACUGUGGGAUAUCUGUUCAUGAAGGCUGUUACGGUAUUAGUGAAAGCCACUCCACAGCUAGCACAGAGUCAUCAGCGAGCACAGAACCCUGGUUUUGUGAUGCUUGUAAGGCUGGCGUGUCACCACACUGUGAGCUGUGUCCAAAUUCUGGAGGAAUUUACAAAGAGACUGAUGCUGGAAAGUGGGUUCACAUUGUGUGCGCAUUAUAUACACCCGGUGUGGCCUUUGGAGAUGUGGAUAGGUUAUGUCCAGUUACAUUGUUUGAAAUGUCAUACAGCAAGUGGGGAGCCAAGGAAUGCUCGUUAUGCGAAGAUACACGUUUCAGCCGAACUGGAGUGUGUAUUUCUUGUGACGCUGGAAUGUGUCGAUCUUUCUUCCACGUGACAUGUGCGCAGAAAGAAGGCCUGUUGACAGAAGCAGCACCUGAUGAAGCUUUGCAUGUUGCAGAUCCAUUUUUUGCAUACUGCAAACAGCAUGCUGACAAAUCAAUGGUAAAAAUACAGCGACGUCAUUGGUUGGCCAUACAGUCACAUGUUCGUUCAUAUGCACCAAAAGUCAUUGAUGAUGAGAAGGAGCAGGCAAGAUUUGCAAGGAAACUAAGCAGACAUCGAGAGAAAUACUCCACAUCCAGAAAUAAGCGGCCUCCAGCAUGGGUUCCAACACAGAAAAUGGUGAGACAUCUCCACACAAGUCCUUAUGCUGUCAAAGCCUUCCUGAGGAAAGCUGAACUCAUGGGAGUGGUCACACAUGUUGAAGAUCUUGAGCAGGAAAAGGCUGAAGCACGUAAAAAAUCACAUAUAACACCAGCCUUUUCACUAGAAUUCAUCCAGUACUACUUUGGGCGAAACACCAAGAUUGAAAGCAUGCAGGAAAAUGUGAAAGAUCUGAAAACUCAAAACAGUAAGCUACAGGAACAAGAAAAAAUACUCAGAGGCCAAUAUGAACAGCUUUCACAGGAGUUGGACAAACUGCGUGAGUCGAUAGGAAAACAGCGUAAAGAAGGAGAAAAGCUAUGGAGUAUGUUGGCUGAUAUUGGUGGGAAGGCAGUGGUGGUACCAGAAAUGUUUCGACCUAAAAAGCGCCAACGUUCCCCCUCAAAAAAGGAGCCUCAAAGUUUGUCUCCAGUUCUCAUUCAUCAAUGCGGUAUUUGCCGACAGACCACAGACCAACAUCUUUUGGCCAAGUGUGACAGCUGCCACAAACACUACCAUUUAGGCUGCCUUGAUCCACCACUGACUCGCAUGCCAAAGAAAACCAAGCUUAUGGGCUGGCAGUGCUCUCAGUGUGUUACCUCUGCAAGUGACAGUACAGAUGGUAGUGGAGCCCGUCUAUUGGAUGAGCCACGACGACUGCGUGAGACCAUUAAAGAACCUGCUAAGUACAGGCACAUGCAACAGAUGGACUCACUUGUAAAGGUUAAAAAGUCUGUAACCAGCAAGUCCAAAAAGAAAAAAAAACCAGUGAGUGCUAGUAGCACACCGACAACAACCGACUCAACCAUCACUAGCACAAUGUCUGCAUCAAAAGCCAACAGGAAACUUGUUCCCCAAGAACAGCAGAAGUUACCAGAGGGGAAAACUCUGAAGCCAUCUCCACAAGUGAACCCUAUUGUACGCUUAAAGAAAGAGGACACAGCUACCAUGUGUGUGGUAUGCAACAAAGCAGGGGACAUCACCAAUACUGUGAGGUGUGACGAAUGUCUUCUGUCUUACCACUUUGGAUGCCUGGACCCACCUGUGAAGAAGUCGCCCAAAGUACGUGGCUAUACAUGGCACUGUGAAGCUUGUGAUCCAACGGAUCAAUCUGAGGAGGAGGAAGAAGCAGAUGAGAAAGAAGGCAGCAGCAGCCAAGCAGCCGCUCAGAACAUAGGCUCCAUGGGCAGUAACUCUAUAGUCGCCGAGAUAUGUAGCACUGGAAUUAAAGGGACAUAGCUUUUUGGUGACAAAGAAACAAAUGGUAUGAUUACAUACAUAUCCUUGCAUAUGAAUAGUCAGUUAUAUGCAUGGUCAUGUAUGCUCUCACACAUGCACUCAAUAACAACAGCUUGGACAGGUUUAGGAGUGUUUAAAAAGAUUUAGCAAAAGUGUUUGAGACCUAAUAGACGCUUUGUUGGAUCUGAUAUCAUUGUCUUCGAAAUGUUUUUUUUUUUAAACGUGUAUUUGAGUUUCAUGUUAAUAAAAGUGAACCUCAAAGAAUG